AUGACUAUGGUGAAAAAAACCCAAGCUUCUGCAGCAGCAGAAGAAAAGUUAUUGAGUGGUAAAGACCAGGUGAAAGGCCUUCAGACUCCUGCAGCAGCAGUUGAGAAUGAGACCAGCCCUGUUCCUCAGACGUUAAAUGAUGGACCAAUCCCAGAUGAGCCCUGCACACAGAUAUUUACUGUCCAAGGAUUUUCGCUGGUUGAUUAUCCAGAUAGUGAUGAACCUGAUGAGGAUGAUGUGAUGAACAAACCUCCUUCUCCACACCUGGAUGUUGUGCUUCGCCAGAAUGAUAUUGGGUCGGAUGUUUCAGAUCAUUUGUACGAUUCAGAUGAAACUGUUGUGAUAGAAACUUGUGAUGAGGCUUCUCCAAGCAACCAUUCCAACAAGCAAUCAAAUGAUGAACUUGUUCCACCACUGAGACGCACAAAAAGCAUUCUGAGCAAGUCUAAGCCUAGUGAGAAAGGAAGCAAGUCCUCCAGAGAGAGUGGAAGUGAGUCCUCCAGACAGAGCAAGUCUAAGCCUAGUGAGAAAGGAAGCAAGUCCUCCAGAGAGAGUGGAAGUGAGUCCUCCAGACAGAGCAAGUCUAAGCCUAGUGAGAGUGGAAGCAAGACCUCCAGACAGACCAAGUCUAAGCCUAGUGAGAGUGGAAGCAAGACCUCCAGACAGACCAAGUCUAAGCCUAGUGAGAGUGGAAGCAAGACCUCCACACAGACCAAGUCUAAGCUUAGUGAGAGUGGAAGCAAGACCUCCACACAGACCAAGGAAGAUUGUCCAGAAAAUGUCAAGACACCUUAG